CUUCCGUUUGCUGGUGCGUUUCCCCCCGCCGACGCAGCGCUGCACCUUCCCGCACUCCCACGCGACCGCCGUGACGUUUGUCUUCCGCCCAAAACACCCCAAUCUGAUCCUGCCAUGGGAAGCCCACCCGCCGAGGCUGUCGAGCUGAAGAACAAGGGCAACGAUGCCUUCAAGAAGCAGGAUUGGCCCACCGCCGUCGACUUCUACACAAAGGCCAUCGAAACCUACGACCAGGAGCCCUCGUUCUACACCAACCGCGCCCAGGCCAAUAUCAAGCUUGAAGCAUACGGAUAUGCUGUAGCAGAUGCAGACAAGGCCAUUGCCCUCGACCCCACCAACGUCAAAGCUUAUUACCGACGUGCGUCCGCUAAUACAGCCAUCUUGCACCACAAAGAUGCUGUUCGCGACUGGAAGCUGGUGGUCAAGAAUGCGCCCCACGACUCGACCGCCAAACUCCGCUUGGAACAGUGCAACAAGAUCGUUAAGCGCGAUGCUUUCCUCAAAGCCAUCGAAGUCGAAGACGCCCCGUCAGCCGCCGAAGGUCUGGAUCUCGACAACAUGAUCGUAGACCCAUCCUACGACGGUGCCAAGCUGGGUAACGAGAUGACGUUGGAAUUUGUCGAAGAUAUGAUUGAGCGUUUCAAGAACGGCAAGAAGCUGGCCCGCAAAUACGUCUUCCAGAUAAUAAUAACCGUCAUGGAGCUUGUCAAGAAGGAGCCUACCAUGGUAGAAGUCGAUGUGGAACAAGGCCAGGAAAUCACCGUAUGCGGUGACACCCACGGCCAAUAUUUCGACCUCAUGGAAAUCUUCCGCCUUGCCGGCAAACCUUCGGAAAAGCACAUGUUCCUGUUCAACGGCGACUUUGUCGACCGAGGUUCUUGGUCUACUGAGAUUGCGCUCCUGCUGUACGCAUACAAAUGGCUGUACCCUUCCAAGUUUUUCCUCAACCGCGGCAACCACGAGACGGACGACAUGAACAGAAUGUACGGGUUCGAAGGAGAGUGCAGAGCAAAGUACAACGAGCGAGUGUUCAAGCUCUUUUCCGAAUCCUUCUCCGCGUUGCCUCUCGCGACGCUGAUUGGCAAGAAAUACUUUGUUCUUCACGGAGGGCUUUUCUCGGACGACAACAUCAGCUUGGACGAUGUGCGGAAACUGAAUCGCUUCAAGCAAAGGCAGCCAGGCCAGGCAGGUCUCAUGAUGGAGAUGCUGUGGACAGACCCGCAGACACAGCCAGGUCGAGGGCCCAGCAAGCGUGGUGUCGGCCUGCAAUUUGGACCCGAUGUAACGAAGCGCUUCUGCGAGAAGAACAAUCUCGAGGCCAUCAUUCGCUCACACGAAGUUCGCAUGGAUGGUUACGAGGUCGAGCACGAUGGAAAAUGCAUCACUGUUUUCUCAGCACCCCACUAUUGUGAUAGUACCGGCAACAAGGGAGCUUUCAUCAAGAUAGGACCCGAGUACAAGCUCAACUUCACGCAAUUUGAUGCUGUGCCGCACCCAGACAUCAAGCCCAUGGCAUACGCAUCGAAUGGCCUUCAAGGCAUGAUUUGA